AUGGCAACCCCGAUUGAGUACAUUUGGAAGGUCGCACGGCCGAAAAACGAAACCAUCGCCCGAGCACUGAUGUAUGCUGCAUACCAGACGGCAAUCCAGACCGACCUGAACACUACCAGGGUCUUGAUUCGGUCAUACAUUCACCCUUCAACCCGAACCAACGGUGCCUGGGUCAAAGACAAGCCUCAUAUCACGGUGUCUGUGAAAAAUCCUCAGACAUCCCAGGCGGGACAGCAUCAAACAAGCCACGGGUACACGCCGCAUAUCACGUCAUUUGAUGUGAUUAAGGUUUCCCCAAACUUGUACAUUGCAGAUGAUAGUUCCAGUCUAGCAUGGCCAGCCUCAAUGGAAACAAACGACAAAGACACUUUCACGGGGCCUCCACUGUUGCUGGGACCGAAAGGUCAAUUCUUCACUUGGCCUUCUGAGGAAACUGGAGAAUGA